CAGUCUCCUCCUCCGCCGCCUCCCGGUUCCGCAGUCACUUCCUGCAGCUGUUUCCCUGUGGGUCCGGUAGCACUGACUUUUGACAGUCAGCCUUCAGCUGCGGAGGGGGCUUGCCUGGGCCAGCUGAGAAAGUUGCGCGGAGGGAGGCAGAGUUGAACCCGGCGGAGACGAACCAGGCAGAUUCGAGCGCGCAGGACGGACGGCGGCGGGUGGCCGGGGAAGACGCGGCGCCUAGACUCCGUCGAGUCCCGGGGGUUCCGGCGUGCAGCUGCCUUGGCCCUCGAGCUUGCCCCCGCCCCGUGGGAGACCGGGGAUUCCAUCUUUCGUGAUGGCAUCCUUAUGGGAUUGAGGGUACUCUGUGAAGCUUUGGUUUUCUUUAUUGUUCCUUCAAUCCCUUCCACACCGGGUCAUUAACCAUCAUUUGAAGACCCAACUUCUCACCACCCAUUGGAUUAUGCCCAAGGCUUUCAUACCCAAUGAUUCUCUUGCAACACGCCGGGCUUCCUCCACCUAAGCGGCCCUCAUCCUCUCUUCCUAUGUCAGUGGCUGCUAGGUCUACAGGAACCUUUCAGCUUCCACCACCGAAGGCUUUUGGGCAGGAAGCUUCCUUGUCUCUGGCAGGGGAAGAGGAGUUACCAAAGGGAGGGGAGCAAGACUCUGCCCUGGAGGAGCUAUGUAAGCCCUUGUACUGCAAGCUCUGCAAUGUCACCUUGAACUCAGCACAGCAAGCCCAAGCUCAUUAUCAGGGUAAAAAUCAUGGUAAGAAACUCAGAAAUUACUAUGCAGCAAACAGCUGUCCUCCUCCUGCCAGAAUGAGCAAUGCAGUGGAACCCGUGGCUACCACAGCUGUUCCUGUCCCUCCACAGAUGGGCUCCUUUAAGCCAGGAGGCAGAGUGAUUCUGGCCACAGAGAAUGAUUACUGUAAGCUCUGUGAUGCCUCCUUUAGUUCUCCGGCUGUGGCUCAGGCUCACUAUCAAGGGAAGAAUCAUGCCAAGAGGCUGCGGCUGGCAGAAGCUCAGAGUAACUCAUUCUCAGAGUCCUCAGAGGUUGGUCAGCGGAGGACCCGGAAAGAAGGGAAUGAAUAUAAGAUGAUGCCUAAUAGGAGAAACAUGUAUGCAGUACAGAAUAAUUCAGCAGGUCCUUACUUCAAUCCCCGCUCUCGGCAGAGAAUUCCACGCGAUCUGGCCAUGUGUGUUACUCCAAGUGGCCAGUUUUACUGCUCCAUGUGUAAUGUUGGGGCCGGUGAAGAAGUGGAAUUCCGGCAGCAUCUAGAAAGCAAGCAACAUAAAAGCAAGGUGUCUGAACAGCGGUACAGAAAUGAGAUGGAGAAUCUGGGAUAUGUAUAGUGAUUGUCAUAUUCAGAUAGAACAGCUUGUCCUGCCUGUUGUUUGCCUUCUGUCAAUAUGCCCUGCUUUGUGGUUCUUUUGGUAUGAGUACAUUCCUCUGCUUAAUGUUAAUACACGUAACCUGUAGCUGUACCACAAGGUGUCAAAACUGGGGAAGGAAGAGAACGUGCUUAAGUCAUGAUGCUUUUUCCGAUCAGUUGUGUUGAGCUACUUAAAGCCUGUGACCUACCUACCCCAUGAGAAAUAACUUUUUAUCUUGACCAAGUUCGAACCAACUAGUAGCCUGCCAAUUAGAGCUUUAACUAUUUAAAAAUUUCAUCUUCUUUUGCAAUUUUAGUGUUAUGUCCUGUUAAAUAAGUAAUUUUAUUGAGUUUUUGCUUCAGAUCAUAGUAAGAACAGGUCAGCAGAGAUUUCAGUUUACCAAAGCUUUUUUGGAAUCACCACCUUUACUCAAUGCAGUAGGGUAUACUAUAUAUAUGAUUAAUGCAGUAGGAUAUACUAUAUAUAUAUAUAUAUAUAUACACUACAUAUACUAUAUAUGUAUAGUAUACACACACACACACACACACUAUACUAUAUAAACUGCAUUAGAGUCCUGCCCAGGACAGUUUUUCUCUUUAUCAUGUUCUCCCAUUAUUGAAAUGUAGGUUUUCUUGUAUUCAGAAACUUCUAAUAUGCUUGUGUACUUCUAAACAGUGAAACUUCAUUUAUGGUUGUAAAUUUCACGCAUUUUAGUUCACCUUCUUCCCUCCUCUUUUUUUUUUGCCCCCAGUUGGAUUAUCUUGUCUAAUAAGCUUUUUUCAUGCCCCAACUUUUUUUAGCUUUUCCAAGCCCCACAUUUGAAUAACCAGUGAGUUCAGGAUAGCUAUGAUUUAAAAAAAAAAAAAAAAAUAUAUAUAUAUAUAUAUAUAUUUCAGCUGGUUUUAGGAAAUGUGUUUGAUUUUUCAACUUAGAGUUACUUCAUGAUAACAAUAUGUACUUAUUAUGAUGAUCCCAGCCAUAAUUUUAGAUCUCUUGAUAUUUGUUUUGGUAAACUUUUUAGAUAAACUGAUUCUUACAUUUAACAUUCUUUGUUGUCUUGCUAGUUUGUUGACUGUCCUAAAAAAAUACCACUACUUUAUUGUUUCCUAGAUAGAGAGAAGGUUAUUUUUUAAUUAAUCAAAUUUUAGUAUCAUCAUUGCCAAUAGAAAAUGAACUUUGGUGUUAUUCUUUGUAAUUCAACUUAUUGAAGGUAAUAAAAAUAUAGAGUACUUUCAUAUCUGGUAGUUACAACAGUAUUAUUUUUAUUUUUUGUUUUUAAAAUAAAGCUCUAGUGUUAUGUAUAGAUUAACUUAAUGGAGGACUCUAUGAAUUUCCAUUAACCAUAUUUUACCUAUUUGCUCUAUUUACAUGGAUCAGACCGAUGCUCAUCCAUACUUCUUUUGAAAGGCCACAUUCACCAGGAAGCUUAUAUUGAGCAAUAUCUUUGCACUAUGGUAAAUUCACUAUUGAUUGCGUAUAUUGCUAAUUAAAAAUAAGUCUCCUAUUUUUCCUUGAGAAUUCUAUGGGCAAAGAGAUGAGGAGAAGGAAGAGUAUAACCAUUAUUACUUUCCCUUAGUACUUCUGAACAAUUUUUUUUUUUCUUUUUAGGGUUGCACCUGUGGCUUAUGGAAGUACCCAGGCUAGAGGACAGCUACAGCAACGCCAGAUCUGAGCCGCGUCUGUGACCUACACCACAAUGCUGGAUCCUUAACCCACUGAGUGCGGCCAGAGAUUGAACCUGCAUCCUCAUGGAUACUGCUCGGGUUACCGCUGAGCCAAAAUGGGAACUCCCCGAACAAUUUUUUAAUAAUCUAGGUCCAUAUUUAAAAUUCAGUUUUGUGAUUAACCCCUGGCAUACUAUCAAUAUAGUUACUCUUCUAUUGAAGUGGUGGUUUUUUUGAAAAGUAGAAUUUUUUAGUAAUUUUAUUUUCUCCUUGAAACAGAAAAAUGAAAUAAUGUUCUGUUGAGAUUCUCUCUAGACCUGUGACUCUUAGUAUAAUAACCCUUUUUGCAGUAAUCUAUCAAGUAUGGUUGAUUAUUUUAGGACAGUUUAGAGCUUAUCUUAUUGGCUGUAGGUUACUCAUUUUGCUGCUAAGUAUAAUUUUUUAGUAGAUUUCAGUAUUAUAGUGCUGGCCACAUGGUUCUAUGAUUAUUUAAAAAUCUCAUUUUUUCCUUUCUUUCUGCAUGUGAGUAUAUAUGUAUACACAUGUACAUGAAUGUGUGUAUAUAUAUACAUAUAUAUGAAACUAUGUAUAUAUAGUUUUAUGUGAUACCACAAAGAAAAUUUCAUAACCCUUAUUUCAGAUUAUAAAAGAUUAUGGAUAAGAACUUGCAUUUUGUAAAAGUGGCAUUCAUCCACUUUCAGUUUUUCCUUGUGAAUAGAAUUAAAGGAAGGAUUUCCUCUACUCUCCUCACUUAACAGUUUUAUUUUAUAUAUAUAGAUAGAUAGAUACACAAAAAGCAGUGGACUUAAGGCCUUGAUGUUUUUUCUGGCCUUGCAUAUUCAGGUUUCUAGUCUCUCAGUGCCCUUAAUGGAUGUUAUGAAUGCAUAAAUGCAUUUUCUUUUAAUGAAAAAAGUUAGAUUUAUAGUGUUAUUUCUUACUUGUAUUUCUUUGCACUAAAAAAGCUGUGUGUUUGUUUUAUAUAACACUUUUGAUGCCAUAUUGCCUACAAAGCUGGGUUUACUCCUUAAUUUCCAAAUUCUAGGAAGUUGAUAAAUAACUUCCAUGAUCAUUUAUAAAGGUUAAUACACAUUUCAAAAAAAAAAUCACAAAUCUCUAUGACAGUGGGUUUUGUUUUGGGCUUGUUACCUUGCAAUAUUCUCCUGUGUCCCAUAGGUGAAACAAAGGGCGACAGAUGUGUCAGAAAGGAAAUUUCUAAAUAAAUACAUCUCUGCAUGGUACAAUUUCAUAUUCAUGCAUUCUUAUCGACAGUGUUUUCUCCCUGUUGAAGAAGGCUGUUGUUACUACUGCAGUCAGCGAUGUGUGAUUUCCAUUGGUUUCACUUAGCAAAGUUGAGCCCUACUCUGUAAUGUGCUUUAGAAUUUGCACCUUGUGCUCCCCAGGAAUUGUUAUCAUCUUUUUAUAUGCCAUGUACAGAGCCUAAGCAAUGGAAAACCUUCAUUUAAAUUAGUAGAUUCCAAUAAUCAUUGGCAAGAACUUGUAGCAUCAAAGUCUCUUUGUGAAUGUCUUUGUGGCAGUUGUCAUUCAAAAAUCAAUGUUAGAGGAUAACAAUUAGCAACUCUUCUAAGAUAUUGAGGGCAAGGAGUUGUAAAGGAAAAACUUGGUGUUCCAAUUAAAAGACUGGAUUGCUUAUGCCUUUGAAGUGUUUCUUAAAAAAUGUUUAGCUGUAGAACCAAGUAUGCCAUGUAAUCCUUUCGACUCCACAUUGAAUGGAAAAUACUUUGUUGGUCUUGCCUUUGUGUAUCAUGUGCUACAACUUGUAAAUAUGUGCAUGUUGUUUAUGACGUUUGUCUGCUUGUCUCUUAUUGCACUGAAUUCUGCAAGGUGAAUAAUUGUUUUAUACCAUUUAUUUUGAAAAAGGUCCUCCUCCAAAUCUUUUUUCAUUAGUUGGUAAACUUAGAAAACCAUUUAGAGUUUUUGCAGCCCUGAGAUUGAAUGAUCAUGGCUACCUGAGAUCAUCCCCAAGUCCUCUGACUUAAACAGCUAAAAGGAAAGCACGAGACCUUUCACCUUAUUUUACAAAGCUAUUCUAUAGUAUGCUUGCUUAUAAUACCUACCUACACUUUUGAACAAGGAUAAAAGGGCAUGUGUAUCUAUUUGGUUAAAUCUUCCUCUGCAGAUAGACUCCAAGGAUUAGUGGUGGGAUUAAUGAUUCCUUCCCUCCUUAAUCAGUGGGGACUGUGAGCAGUGACAGUCCAGUGACCCAUGUAAAACGAGUCUCACUUGUGUCAGGGGAGACAUGUAGCUCUUCUGCACAGUAUCGUGUACAGAGAGACCUAGGAAUGAUGGAUUUGGAACCUAAUCUGUUUUGUUUCCUCAGUGUCAGAACAUAGGCUGGAAGGACUUUCUAAAAAGUCUGGUGGGCCAUAUCACUAACGGCAACAGAGCUGCUUUAGAAAUAGAGAAAUGUUUUGUCAGUACUGGCAAAAGUUUAAGGCAGGCUUUUGGACAGAUAUUGAAAACAUAUUCCACCUUGCUUUUUUUUUUUUUUUAAACCAGCCAAAUCUCUGUUCAGGAGUUUCAUUCAUAAUAAAGAGUGUUUUGUUGUUACUUUAGUUUUUUUUUUUUGGUGGUGGACCCCUGUCAUUGUGGGCUAUUACAGUCAACCUAACUGAAUGGGCAAAUAACAGUGUACAUAGUUUCUCAUACAGCAUUUCUACUGAUAGCUGUUUGACUUUGUUUUCCCUUUAUGAAUGGGAGAUCAUUUAUCAACUCCCUUUCUGGGUAGGUACCAAAAAAAUACUGGCUUAUGGUCCUAUGUGACCUUGUCUUCGUUAAGCCCAGAAUAUGAGUGCCUUUAGCAAGUUUUAGCAUUUCACAGAGAGAAGAGAUGAUAGAACUAUUGCCAUUAAUCACCAUUCAUAAAAUAGGAUCUUGGAAUAGCAAAGGUUGGUGUGAAUUCUGUGUUCUACAUCUCAUUUUUUCUUCAUGCAGUCUCAAUUUGAUAUUGAGUAAAACUGAAUAAUUAUUAAUCAGGAACCAUACAUUCUGAAAAUGAAUGCACUUGUCCCAGGCUGGCAACAGUCAUUGGUAUUUCUUUAUCUUGAUCUGUGUUACAUUUUAUUUUUAGUGAAUGGUAGUGUGGUUGGUUGGGAAGAGCUUGAUGUUGAUGUUUGGAAAAACUUUAUUCCAGUGUCUUUUUCAAACUUAUUUAAUUCUGUAGAGAGGAUAGAAUUAUGUAUUUGCAAAUGAAGUGUGUAAAGAGACUGUCUUGUACAAUACUUAUUAAUUGUGCUAGUUCAUCUUUGCAUUAAAACAGGCAUCUUAGGAGUUCCCACUAUGGCACAACAGGAUCGGCAGCAUCUUGGGAGCACUAGGAUGACGAUUUGAUCCCCACCCGUCACAGUGGGUUAAAGAUCUGGCAUUGCUGCAACAGUAGCUUGGGUCAUGACUGCAGCUCAGAUCUGAUCCCUUACCUGGGAACUUCAUAUGCCUUGGGGCAGCCAAAACAAAAACAAACAAGAAAACCCCCAAAACAGGCAUCCUAACAAAUCAGGUUCAAAGUAUGUAAAAGCAAAUUUUUCCUCACUUCAAUUAAUUUAAAAUUCUAAAUUGCCUGAGUACUUUGAGUCUUUAAAAUUUUAUUAAUUUUAUUAUAGAAUUAAUAUUAUAGAAGUAUUAACAUUUUUUCAUAACACUUUACUAUUAAAAUUUGAAAUGUACAUUAGAGUUGAAGGAUUUUACAAUAUAUCCACCACUUAGAUUCUACCAUCAACAUUUUAUGGUACUUGUAUUAGUGCUUAUCUAUCCCUCUAUUCAACUAUUAAACAAUAGAAUUUUUAAAAAAUACACAUUUUAAGAUAAAUUUCAGACAGUGUAUUUCCCUUAAAAGCUUUGGCAUAGGUGUCAUAAAUUAGAGUUUAACAUUUGUUUGAAUAUUAAUAUCUUUUAAAAAGCAGUGUAUGAAGUUGAUAACCUGAGACAAUUAACAUCCUCUUUUUCUCCUGUGAACUUUAGCCUUUCCAGUUUCUGUUUUUGAAUGUGCUUAGAGUGAGGUAAGAUGACUCCUUUUCAAAGUGAAGUUUUUUGGUGUUGUUCAUUUUAAAUGCUUAGUUGUCAUGCAUUUUAAAACUUCAUGAUAAGCAUUUUUUCUUUACCCCUGUCUUAUGUGUUUUUUCUGAACUAUGCAGCUUCUUAAAAAACAAACUGUAAAUUACUGAUUGGCAUUUAUUAAAUCAGCUUAUACCUCAUUUCAAUCUACUGCUGCUUUUCUCCAUGGUACCACUUCUCCUUUUACUACUUUCACCUGUACUUCCAGAAAAUAAGAGUAAAGAGUCAGCCUCAUAGAUGAUUAGCUAUUUUAAACAACUGUAGAAGAACAGAUUAAGUAGUUUCAAAAGGUAAAACCAUUAAUUUAUCUAAAGCCUUUGAAUUCCCUGAGAAUUGUAAUGGCCCAUGCUUUCUUUUAGCCAUAAUUAGCAGGAUUAAAAAUGAUUGUACUGUACAAUGAGGAGUUGUUGAAAUUGUGAGCCUUAGUAGCCAUCUUUAGCUUUACUCAAGUACUGUUUAGGAAAAAAAAAUUGACAUAUGCCUUUAUUUUUAUGCCUUUUUUUGUGGACAAAAUCAGAAGAAUUUAAGUGACUUGUUGCAGGUUGUGAAGAUUCAGUGGGUAAGUCAGAACUGAAACUUCAGUAUUCCUGAUUCAUAUUCUUGUGCUUGUUUAUAAGAUUCAUGGCUCUCAGAAUAACUGAACACUUCUUUUGGGACCCUUAAAAUGAAAGUGUGUAUUUUUACUGAUUAGACUUUCAUUUUUAGACAUUUCACAAUUCUUUGACCUUAAAGACUUUUCCCAUGGUCAUAGUUCCUUAUUAAGUCAAUGCAACUGUGAAAAAUCUCACUUUGCUGUUGAAUAGUAAUUCAAAAUACAAGUUUGAUCAGAUUUCCUUUUACAUUUAAAUAACCUUCAUGAUUCACUCAUAACUCUAUGUAAGUGCUUAAGUGACCCCCUCACUAGUGAAAAUAAAUGUUCUAUAUCACUGAUUAUAUGUAUAUUCUCUACAUGAUAUAUUUUUUUAAGGGAAAGUAACCCCAUGUGUCUGGAUGAACGAUAUUAUUCCAGGGCAAAGCACAUGUAAAGCAGUUUGUUUCUAUUCUGAAAAUCUGGCAUUUAUGGGAACAAAACUCUUUUAGAGUGGCUGGUGAUUGUUUUGCCUUCUUUUGGUACUUGAGCACCUUUCUGUGGUUUUGUAAAUUAUUGUGUCAUUUUGUAAGAAUUUCAUGUUGAGUCUGUGUUAAUUGGUGUUCACCUUGUGGUAUCCUUGCCUGACCAUAAUAAUUUAGUUUGGGUGUGGUUGUCUGCUUUGAGAUGCCUUACUAGAAUAUGUCAGACUCUGCUCUAAAGCAUUCCAUGUAUCUGCUAGGACAAUAAGUUGCCUCUCUUGGAUGUAUGCUCUAGAUCCAGAAGCAAAACUGAUGUCGCUUUCACUGUUAAGGUUGCAUUUUAGUGCAGUGAUUAUUUUAUAUUAGAGAAUAAAAUUAUGAAAAACCAAGGGAGAAUUUAGAACCCUUCAUUUAAUGGCAUGGCAAGCUUUUAAACUACUUUUAUUAUUUCAUUAGAACAAUGUCUCUGAUAAAGGAUAUAGCUAAAAUAUGCCAGCCAAAACUGUAUGAAAUUGGGACUGUUUCCUACAGUUUUCUCUAAAUGUUAUACAGGGGUUUACCAUCCAUGUAUGCUGUUGGGCCUAUGUGCCAGUCACCAUUUUGGAAAUCUGUGUUCUGAGGCUACAUAAAUGACAAUAGUGUCAUGGGAUUAAAACCAAUUAACUGUGAAUUGUGAAACUGAAAUUUCUCUUUUGGUUUUAUUUUCUUCAGUAUAUUGAAUAUAGAAACUGAAAGUUAUUUAAAAUUUACACUGCUUAUGUUGAUGGCUCAUUUUGGCUGUGUAUCCUCACUUAUGUACUGAUUUCUGAUAAAGGCUUGAUGUCAUUAUAACAGUCAUUUUGUGUUCAAUUUAAUAAAAGAGUUUCUGAGUCUCGUCUGAAAA